CAGCGUGGCCGUGGCCGUAGCGUGAGUGAUUUGUGUUGUGUCCUUCCUUUGUCCUUUGCAUCUUUGGUUUGGGAAUAAAAUAGAAAAAGAGAAUCGUUUGAUGGAUAAAUUAUCAGGACCAUCUAACUCCGAUGAACAUCAACCCUUGAAGGUUAUUCCAGGUAGUUCCCGCUGCAAUAAUAGUAGAUUAUUGCCUCUCAAUUCUCCCAGAAAUAACGUUUCUGAGAGGAUAUUGACUUCAACUUUAACUGAAGGUACCUGCUCUGAUAGCAAUCCUGAAAGGAUUCCAAGAAGCUCUGUUGGAGAGAGUACCCCGCAAGGAAUUUCAACCCCUGGGCGUCGUCAACCUCUUCCAGAAUUAAAUGAAAAAAUCCUCCAGGUUCUCUAUGGAGUUCAAGAACAGAACUCGCAAAUAUUGAAUGUUCUUCAGAAAAAAAUCUCUGAAGCUACUGCUGUCUUGUGAAAAAUGAUAAAGUCGUUCAGAUAAAUAAUAUUUUAGUAAAUUCGAGUAAUAAAGAGACAUUUAUUAUUGGCAAGAAAUUUGCAAAAUAUAAACCUUUAUACACGUACCCAUUUGAAUCAAGUAAAUUCAAUAUAUAUAUAUUGGAAAAUCUGAGUGUUAGCUUGGAAAAGUGGAGCCUAAAAGAUAUUAUUUGUAAAUGCAUUGUACUUUCUCUUGAUAAUAAUAACUUUAUAUCCUUUCCAAUGACACAUACCUACUUAUCACACCUUACUUGUAAAGACUAACCAAUAGUGUUUGGAUAGUGUAAUAACUUCUGAAUUAUACCAAACAAUAUUAUACCUAUAGGCUGUGUAUUGCAUAAUAUCCGAUUAGGAUAGGUACC